GUGGGUGCCCACUGCCCACCGGCCGGACACUGAGGAUAAGAAUCACGAAGCAACGGCAAUUCAGCUGCUCUCCCCCUCUCUGCUCCACCUCCAUCCAUGGCUCAUCCCCUCCUCUCCGCUUCUCCUCGCUUCUAUCUGACCGCUGCGCCAGGCAAUGGCGCUUCCCGGCUUUCCGUGACGUCAGCACGCCCCGCAGCUCAUGGGACAAGGAGGAGCACGAGGCCGAGGUCCCUGAGCGUCCGGUGCGAGCAGGGCGCCAAGGGCGGCGGUGGUGGCGGCGGGCUCGACGUGUGGCUGAGCCGCGGCGCGAUGCUGGGCUUCGUCGGUGCGGUCGCGGUGGAGCUGACCACCGGCAAAGGCGUGCUUCAGAACGUGGGUCUGACGGCGCCGGUGCCGACGGUGGCGCUGGCGCUCACCGGGGCGGUCGGGGUCUUCACGGCGUUCCUCAUCUUCCAGUCCGCGUCGCGAGACUGAUCGGCUGGGAGAGACCUGGCACAGUCUCCGGCGCCGGCCGAGCCGAGCAGAAUCGCGCGAGCUGCCUAUGCCUUCCUAUUUCUCCCAAGAAGGCGGCGUCUGUCAGUCGACGUGCUCUGUACGUGUGUGCAGCCUUCGUUGUGUUACAGAUAAGGGAAAUGACAGAGAGAGGGAAAAUAUAAGUCGUUAUGAUCGUACGUGUGUUUCAGUAGUUUCUUGCAGGAGUAAAUUGAAGUUUGGACCGUGUAAUUCGUUUGGUUUGGUGCUUUGCAAGGAUCCAUUUUUCACCUUGUGUAA